AUAGCAGCGAUUGUAAUUCGAUUUUAAGCAAUCAUGACAGAACUAUGUCGAAUUCUCACCUUCUCAAGGAGGGAAUAAACCAAACUUUGAGUGGAAGAACAAGCAGCCUCUGGCAGAGUGCUGGAAAUAUUCUGAUUUACGAAAUUAACACCCAAGGAACUUAUAUUCAAACAUUACAUGGCUGGAUCUAUAUUAAUAUUCAUGACUGGAACCCUGAGCAAGGAAAUGACUACUUUAGAGAAUGAGUAGAAACUCAAUUUGAGAAACUCAGAAUGAAAUAAAAUCACAUUCGAUAUUGAGAAUCGGAAUUUAGAGGAAUACUAUGAAGGUGAGAUGGCAUAUCAGACAAGAACAAGGAAGCUCAAAUCUUCCUUUCUCUGCAUCAUAUCUUUGCUUGUUAUUGUAGAAUGUAUAAUUGUCUCUCUUCAAUACCUUGGAAUAGCUUCUUUGCAAAGUGACAGGUGGCAUCCUGUAGCCCAAACUCCGAUUGAUUAUAUCAGAUAUCUGAAUCUAAGUGUGCAGAACAUGAGCUUCUUAAUAGUGUUAGCAAUAAUAGUUGCUAUAAAUAUCCCUAUUCUCUCUGUAAUACUUUGUUUGAUUUUUUUCAAGUGAAUUAAGAUAGGAGAUACUUCGAGAAAAUCACCGAUAUUGCUAAUAAUACUAAUGUUUCCCUUUUUAAUGACUUUUGGUGUAUUUUCUAUUCCUGUGACAAGACUCUUGAUGAGUACCUACCAUUGAAGCAAGAAUGAGAAUACUGGAGUUAGAUAUCUGAAAAAAUAUGAUACCAUUGAAUGAGAAUCUCCUGAGCAAAUUGCACUUUUCUGAGUAGCUUUGCUUACAAUUAUCCUACAAGUAACAGCUUGUGUGGUCUUUGUCAGUUUCACUCAUAAAGAAGGAGUAUUUGAUGAGUAUGGCAAUGAGAUAAAAAUGAAGAAGGAUCCAGACCAAAUCGAGAUCCAUGAAUCUGAAUGGGAUUUCCCGGAAAAUGAGUCAAAAUUUUCCUCCCUGAAUUACUUUUUAACUCGAAGAAGGUUCAAGGAAGGGAUAAAAUAUCUCCCCGCUUUAUUAUAUCUUCAGAAAGUAAUCCUGAUUGGUUCAACAAUCUUCUUUCCAUGAAAUGAGUGGUGGCCUUCUCUGAUCUGAUGUGCAUCGAUCUUAUUUGUCGCAAUGUAUUGAGUCUAUUAUCAACCAUACUCUGAUGCAAGAUACAAUCAUCUAUGAAUAGCUUUGCUGUUUCAUAAUUUGUUUGCGUUUUUCAGGUCAUUUUUAAUAAAUUUGGGUGACGGAAACAUUACAAUGAAAAGAGUAGCUUCUUUUGGGCUAUUUCUUAAUCCUUUAUUCUUGAUCCUUGGAUUUUUGACCAGCUACUUUAGGUCAAUCCAAUUAGGCUAUGAUGAAAGCGAACACUAUGACUUGUUAGUGACUAAGACUGAUGCACAGAAUAAACGAAAUGAAAAGUUUGCUAACAUUAUUAUUAGUAAAAUUAAGGAACUUAAAAUGAAAGGAGUCAAAAUUCAAACUAUCAGGAUAAAAGAAACUGUAAAGGAGUAUGUCCUAGCUCAUGGAAUCUUUUGGGUGGAUAACGAAGUAGGUUUGAAGAAUCUCAGCAUCCUUCUCACCCAUCUCAGUGAAUUAGAGGAGGAGAAACCAAUCUAUUUCAGCAAGAUGUCUAUUAAAAACUCCAAUAUUGAUGUAAAAAAUCCCAUUUUAAUUCGGGAGGAGACUAUCAAAAUCUUUUGCCAGUGAUUCUAUGGCGGAUUAUUUCGUUGAUUGUCUCAUUUAGAGAUCAACGGAUUCAUAAUGUACGAAGCAAAUCUGUUUCUGAUAAUUGGAAUUUUGGAAAAUAACCCCACAUUAGAAGUGCUAAACAUCAGCAAUAAUGAGUUGCUCUCUUUUGAAGAGUGCGUGGAUGAUGAGGAUCUUCUGUUCAAAUUCAAUUUGAGGAGAUCAAAGAACCAACAUCCUUAUAGGAUUCCCAAGGAAACAAGGCAAGCUAUAGGAGCCUUACUUAGCGAAAAUAAGGUCUUAAGAAGAUUGAUUGAUGGCGAUGAAGAGGAUAUGACUGAAGGUUAUCAGAACACAAGAGAUAGCCGAUUGUUAAUAACUUUACACAGCGUAUAG